AAAAUUUGAGUUAUGACAGCUGGUCUCCUCGUUUUGCGUUGAGGUCUGGAACUAGUUCCAGAUUUCAAUUCUGGUGUUGUUGGCAGACUUCCUCCAGUAUUGACCUCUACUUCUAUAGGCAGACUUUCUUCAGCUGUCUAUCUUAAAACCUUGAGAUCUGCUGAAGUUUGACCUUCUGAGUUCUGCAUAGUCAGAUCUUCUCCAUUUUCGAAAUCUACAGGAAUUUGUUGCCUAAAUUUUUUUGUCCAAGACCAAGUGCUUGCUUCAUCAAACACUACAUCAUGGCUAAUGAUGACCUUCUUAGUUAAAGGAUUGUAUAAUCUGUAAGCUUUGGACUGAUCACUAACACCAAGGAAAAUACACUUUUCCCCUUUGUCAUCAAGCUUACUCCUUUUCUAAUUUGGCACAUGUGCAUAUGCUAUGCACCCAAAAAUUCUAAAGUAAUCAACAGCAGGUCUACGUUCACUCCAAGCCUCUUCUGGCGUCAAAUCUGAAAGUGGAGAUGUGGGACUUUUGUUCAAGAUAUGAACACUCCAAUUAACAGCUUCUGGCCAAAACCUCUUAGGCAAGCCGCUCUUUGACAUCAGACUUCGCACCAUAUGUAUGAUUGUGCGAUUCCUCCUCUCACAUACACCAUUCUAUUGAGGUGUAUAGGCUGUUGUGAGUUGCCUUUUAAUGCCAUUCGACUCACAAAAAUCUGCAAAUUCCUUUGAAUUAAACACACCACCACGAUCUGUACGCAAAACCUUUACAGAUCUGCCAACCUCAUUCUUAGCCAAGACUUUGAAAUUUUUAAAGGCUGCUAAGGCUUCUGACUUGGUCUGCAAAAAAUACACCCAUGUUUUGUGACUAUAAUCAUCAACAAAGGUAAUAAAGUAUUGUUUACUUCCAUUGGAUGUUGGAUUUAUGGGUCCACACAGAUCAGAACGAACCAAAUCUAGCACCUGCUUUGCUCUCCAAGAUCUAUCUUUAGGAAAGCUGUCACGAUGUUGUUUACUGACCACGCAGAUUUCACAAAUUUCUAAAGGAGAAUCAAAAUGAGGAAGACCAUUUACCACCUUCUUCUGCUGCAAAGCUUUCAACCCACCAAAAUAAAGAUGUCCAAAUCAGCAAUGCCAUAACCAAGCUGUGUCUUUUAAUCUGGCAGAUAAACAUGACAGAUUUGUGGUCUGCAAGUAUAAUGGAAACAACCUAUUUCCCAUCAUCUUGACCUUUGCAAUCAGACGAAGUUUUAAAUCACGAAUGUGACAAACUCCAUCUUUAAUAAGGAUUUCAUAUCCUU